CCCAUUCCAUUAAGUGCCGCGGAACACUUGUGGCGGGGCCAUGCCGCACGCCGGACCCUUUAUCCGCCUCGCUGUCUCCGUGAGGAUGGAGGGCGCGGAUUGGUCCAGCAUGGAGUUCGCCGAGCUGAUCAAGACGCCCCGCGCCGAUAACGUGGUGCUGCACCGGCCCUUCCACCCGGCCGUGGAGGGCACGCUGUGCCUCACCGGCCACCACCUCAUCUUCUCGUCCCGGCGCCACGACAACGCCGAGGAGCUGUGGCUGCUCCACUCCAACAUCGACUCCAUCGACAAAAGGUUCGUGGGCUCCUUGGGCACCAUCGUGAUAAAAUGCAAAGACCUGAGGAUUAUCCAGCUGGACAUCCCAGGGAUGGAGGAGUGUCUGAACAUUGCCAGCUCCAUCGAGGCGCUUUCCACCCUGGAUUCAGUCACCCUCAUGUAUCCCUUCUUCUACCGGCCCAUGUUUGAGGUGCUGGAGGAUGGAUGGUCCUCCUUCCUGCUGGAACAAGAGUUUGAGCUCCUCAGCUCAGUGACCGACGAAUGGCGCCUGAGCUGUGUGAACAAGGAAUUCUCUGUGUGUCCCUCCUACCCUGCAGUUGUCAUUGUCCCCAAAGCCAUCGAUGACGAGGCGCUCCGCAAAGUCGCGCUGUUCCGCCACGGCGGCCGCUUCCCAGUGCUGAGCUACUACCACAAGAAAAAUGGGAUGGCGAUGCUGAGGAGCAGCCAGCCCCUGACAGGCACCAACGGGCGGCGCUGCAAGGAGGACGAGAAGCUGGUGAACGCCACGCUCCGCUCGGGCCGCCGCGGCUUCGUCAUCGACACCCGGCCCCUGCCUGUGGCCCAGCAGGCCAGGGCCAAGGGAGGGGGCUUUGAGCAGGAAGUGCACUACCCCCAGUGGAGGAGGAUUCACAAAUACAUCGAGAGGUUUAAUAUCCUGCAGGAGAGCUUCAUCAAGCUGGUGGAGGCUUGCAAUGACCAGUCCCACAACAUGGACCGCUGGCUCAGUAAACUGGAAGCUUCCAACUGGCUCACUCACAUCAAGGAGCUGCUGACUGCAGCUUGUCUGGCUGCUCAGUGCAUUGACAGGGAAGGUGCUUCAGUGUUAGUCCACGGCAGUGAAGGAACUGAUUCCACACUCCAGGUCACUUCCCUGGCACAGAUCAUCCUGGAUCCGAGGUGCAGGACCAUCCGUGGCUUUGAGGCUCUUAUAGUGAGGGAGUGGCUGCAGGCUGGCCACCCUUUCCAGCAGCGCUGUGCCCAGUCAGCCUAUUCCAACAGCAAACAGAAGUGGGAGGCGCCGGUGUUCCUGCUCUUUCUGGAGUGUGUCUGGCAGAUCCACCGGCAGUUCCCCUGCUCCUUCGAGUUCAACGAGCAGUUCCUCAUCCUGCUCUUCGAGCACGCCUACGCUUCCCAGUUUGGGACCUUCCUGGGAAACAACGAGAACGAAAGGGCUAAACUGAAGCUGCCUCAGAAGACCAUGUCCCUCUGGUCCUGGGUGAACAGGCCUGAAGAGCUGACCAGGUUCCAGAACCCUCUUUAUGAGGCCAACAACCUUGUCAUCUGGCCCUCUGUGGCCCCACAGAGCCUGCAGCUCUGGGAAGGUGUCUUCCUGCGGUGGAACAGGUCUUCCAGAUUCCUGGAGGAAGCCGAGAAGGAAAGGAUCAGCAUUAUCAAGUACAACAAGGAGCUGCAGGCCAAGGUGAACGCGCUGAGGCGGAGGCUGGCGGAGUUGGAGGCGAAUAACGUGGUGCCCCCGCAGCCCUGAGCUGAGCUUUGCCUCAGGCCUUUGCUUUCCCCUCUACAUCGAGGAAGAAACACGGAAAGUGCAUGUUCUGCUGAGCCCUGGGGUCCAGCUGACCCUCCCACUGCUGAACCCUUCACUCCAUGAACCUCCCUGCUGUUUGGGGAGGGGUUUUUGUUUUGUUUACAGAAGACACAGCCGGGCACAAUGUCCCCUCUUGGCAGCUUUUCUGUCUCAGAAUUGGGUACACUGUCAACAGAAGCUGGAACUCUUCAACUGUGUGGAUGACCAGGAUGGGCCAAGAGACAGGAUGUCUCCAAUUUAUUUUAGACUUUUUCUGGUUUUGUUGAACACUCACAGGAUUAUAACACAGAGUUCUAGAUAGAUAGGUAAAGGCAUUUUGUCUGGAAGCACCUUUUCUCUCCAAGAGUAGGUAAGGCAGCUUAGUUCUUUAAUUUCCUAGGAAAUCUGGGAAUUGUUAAAAUCAAAUCACAGGUUCUGCCAGUCUACACAAUACUCUCAGUAGCCUUCACAUCUCACACUUGGGUUUUUGUGUUCAGCAUUGGCUGGGGAGCAGGAAGUUAAAUACCAAACCAGAGCAAGACAUUUCAGUGCAAUACAGAACUGAUGGAGGGAUUCUGCUGCUAAAGUUUAAGCCAUGACCUUCAGGUGGAAUUGUCCCUCGUGGACAAGCAUCUCCUAAGGAGGAACAAACUUUUUUUUUUUUUAUUCUACCUGGAAAACAAAAAGGUUUAGUAAUUGGUGAGGGUGUUCACUUGCAGAACAGGGCUCAGACCUGUCCUUUAAACCAGAGCCAAGCUGCCUUCUUGGAAAUUCCAACCCCCCUGGCUGGGUUUGGACACCUGGCCAGGUUCACAGCAUUGCCAGGGUGUAAGAGCAGCACUUCAUUUACAGCUCUACGAAACACUUUUCAUGCACCUGAUGUGCUUUUCCUUCUUGUGCUCUUAUGCCCAUCUUGUGAAACCUCAAAAGCAGAAGCUGGAAGUUCAGGUGACCUCACAGAUCUGCUGCAGAUGAAGGGGCCAUCACACUACAAAAAAUGUUAAGAGUUUAGAUGAUUUGUAGCUGCUAAAACUGCUUAAAGACUUUAGGGAUAAGCCUUUUCCCAUUUAACUCUGUAUUUUAUAGCUGCUUUUUCCAUUUCUGUGGCUUCAAUCUGCUUUUUAUAAAAUCAGAGUUCUCUCUUGUGAUUUUUUUUUCUGCUUUAAAAAGACAGGUAGGAGUAGGUCUGAAAUACUCCCUGAGGGAUUUUUUCAGCUUGAUUCUGUGGGUAACUCCACAGGAUUGAGAAAAGUUGGAUUAACAACAGCACAUGUGGCUGGGAUUAUCCAGAAAAGAGCUUCCUGUUAGCCUGGUUCUGCUGGAAUGAAGGGAGCUGCAGUAGGUCAGUGGUGAGAUCCCUCUGGAAGCUGCUGAGCUUCCAAGUUAAUGAAUGAAGCUGCCUUUAUUUAAAAGGCACUUCACACAGAUAUGUGUGAAAAUGCAGGAUCUGUAGCUGUAGGAGUAGCUGGGCAGGAACCUGCAAAAAUCAUGUAGCCACUAAAUACAGUCUAAGAAAAUUCUAUAACCAAGGAAAUGAUGUAAAAUUAUGUGAUAGUGGUCAAGUGCUACCAUAAUGCCUUUUGUUGAGUCCUUAUUUCCUUAAUUAUUUCCUUCUUGCCUAAGCUACACUUAGCCCUGAAGUCCUCUGGCUUAAAAAAUAACAUGAUCCCUUUUAAAACAUUGCUCACUUAAGGCAGAAGAAUAAUUCCCCCCGCUUGCAAUGCCAAUUUAUUUUUAGGUUUGGAGCCUUGUCCCCUAAAUCCAGUCUGACACAGGGAAUGCUGCUCAGGGUGGCUGGGGAUCUGUUCUGCUUGACAGGGGAUGCAGAAUCAGGCUGUUCCCUCCUCCAAACCCCGAGAUUCCUCGGGGAAUGUUGCUCAUAUAAGCCCCUAAAAUGAUUGUUCACCCGUUGAAAUGAUGUCUUUGGGAUCUGCACCUGCCUGGGUGGUGUUUCCCCACCCCAUUCAGAAUUUCUCCAUCUGAAAUCCAUUAUCCCCAGCCAGAUGGGAAGGAUUCAGAAGGCACUGUUUUCCCUGUAAUAGACUACACAUAAAACACUCCUAAAGGUUAUGCAAUUGCCUAACACAGUAAUUAUAGAUUGAGCUAAAUAAUAGAGAAGCAGAGAGGGGUUUUUUUUGGAUCUAAUUGCCUGGCUGCUCCAGCCUCUCCUGCUAAGUGCAGGCAUCCGAGGAAAUUGGGAAAGCAGCUGUGACAGCCAACAAAAGGCAGCACAUUCCCUCGGAGCUGGCAGCAAUUUCAGCCUCCACUUGUGCUGAACCCACACCCAGGAGCUGUGCCUGCCUUGGGAAGUGGAUCCUGGGAUUGUGCCUGCCUUGGGAAGGUGGAUCCUGGGGUUGUGCCUGCCUUGGGAAGUGGAUCCUGGGAUUGUGCCUGCCUUGGGAAGUGGAUCCUGGGAUUGUGCCUGCCUUGGGAAGUGGAUCCUGGGAUUGUGCCUGCCUUGGGAAGUGGAUCCUGGGAUUGUGCCUGCUUUGGGAAGUGGAUCCUGGGAUUGUGCCUGCUUUGGGAAGUGGAUCCUGGGAUUGUGCCUGCUUUGGGAAGUGGAUCCUGGGAUUGUGCCUGCCUUGGAAGGGGGAUCCUGGGAUUGUGCCUGCUUUGGGAAGGUGGAUCCUGGGAUUGUGCCUGCCUUGGGAAGGUGGAUCCUGGGAUUGUGCCUUCCUGUGGCAGUGCUGCUGUCCCUCUGAGCAGCCCCUGCUGUUUAUUCCACAGUUCCUUGUCCCUGCUCAGGCUCUGUGGCUCAGGCCUGGCAGGAGAUGGAGAGGGGACAAGCUGUGUGGUGGUGCCAUGGCUCUCCUGAGGUUCUCCUGGCUCAGGACACUUCCCAGAGCUGUCCUGCCACGCUGCUCCCACAUUCCCUCUGAACUUUGCCAUUCCUGGUGCCUCCCAGGUUCCAGGUUCACAGCAGAUCGCUCCCAUUCUUUGCUUUGCUGCUUGCCUCCCCUGUUAAAUCACAUAUUCAGUAUCAGUGAUGGGUUUGCUCCCCCUGAGGGGGAUCCCUGCCCCAGUUUGCAAAUUCCCUGUGUCUUCCUGAGCUGGGGCAGUGCCCAGCUCUGCCUCCUCCCUGUGCCGCUGCCUUACGCCCUCGCUGCCACCCCGCUCCUGCUCUUUUGCACACUCUCUGUGUAACAAGCUGGACACUGAAAGCCCCAUCCCCCAAAUUCUGGGGGCAAUCCACGAAGACACUCUGCCAUUUACCAAAAAAAGAAGGGAAAAGGAACUAACUUGCACAGUUCUCAUAAGGGAAAUAUGAACUAUGUACCUUCAAUAUUCUGAUUGUAUCGAUUAACUCUUGAAUGUGGCGCUGGUUUUGACGUGCACUGUUGUCCCUGUUGCAUAGGAUCUCAUUUAAAAUUGCACUGUACAGCGUUUUUUGGUGUCUCCUGUGUGCUUUGCUGAAGCCUUGGGCAGUGCUGUCGUCGUGUGAGGGGUGAGGUUUGUCCCAGCACUGCCUGUGCUCUGUCACAGCAGCACCGUGUGACGUGAGCUGUGUCACCACUGCCCCUUCAAGUGAUGAGUGCACUGCUGGCACAACAUCUGGAACUGCUCUUUGGACUUGGCUGCUGCAUCAGUCUUGAUUUUAUUUUAUUUUAUUUUUUUCCUGUACAAUUUGAAAUGCCAGGGCUGGGAGUUGUGUGCUGGUGUUAGGUAUUUGCUGUCUGUGUACAGGAUCCCAGCUGCUGCUGCGUGGAAUUUAUUGUAACAACAACAAAAAAGUAACAAAACCGAGGAAAAAGAAGGUGAUGGCUCAAGGUUCAGCCAUUUGGGGGGAACAAAACAGAUACAAAGUGGCUGUAAACUGUGCUGUAGAUAUGUUGAGCAUAGUAGAUGUGUCUAUUUAAAUUAAAACCUUGAAGACUAAAAAGUUCUUUAAUUACA